AUGGGGCGGAGGGUGAUGCAGCCGCGCCUCGUUGCCUACAUGGCAGACCAUGCCGGCCUGUCUUACACCUACUCUGGAUCUUCAAUGACUCCCUUGACCUGGAACGCGGCAGUGCUGAGAAUCAAGGAAAGAGUGGAGGAAGUUUCUGGAGCCACAUUUAACUCGUGCCUGCUGAACUUUUAUAGAACCGGCAUGGACCAUCUGAGCUGGCAUUCAGACAACGAACCCCUGUACGGCAGUGGCAGUUACACCAUUGGAUCGGCCUCCUUUGGUUCGGCCCGAGACUUUGUCCUACGGUCCAAUGCUGACCGGAGCAAUAAGAUUACUUACCCACUUGGCUGCGGCGAUGUGCUUGUCAUGAAGGGCACUGUGCAGCAGCACUGGAUGCAUUCUAUACCACGAAGGACACGGGUAUCCGGUGGCAGAAUAAGCUUGACUUUCAGGCAGAUUGUUAAUCCUGAGCUGUGCUGA